AUGCCUAAGCAAUCAUCGUCUCGGCGCCUUAAAUCAUUAAUUUCUGAGUUCGGUGAAGAUGUGUUUUCGAUGUUGUUCUAUUUUGCAAACUUUUCGAAGUGAAAGUUGAUCCCGAAAGACGAUCUAGUAUUACACAGCACAUAAAAACAGAGAAACGUCGUCGUGCUAUGGAGCGUCAACUUAAUCAAAAAGCAAAAAACAGUCAACAACUAUUAACAAAUCUAACGUCGAAAAAAUCUACUUUCAAUAUGGAUUUAUGCAGAGCUUUGAUAUCAGCUAAUAUACCUCUGAACAAAUUACAAAAUACAGAGUUUCGUCAAUUCUUACAAUUAUAUACUCAAAAAGACGUCCCUACUGAAUCGACGAUUAGAAAGUUCUAUCUUGAUGAUUGUUACGAGGAAAUGAUGAAAAACAUUAGACAACGUGUGUUUUUAAAAAAAAUUUGGAUAUCCAUCGAUGAAACGACUGACGCUGAGGGAAGACAAAUUGCAAAUGCAAUAAUUGGAACUUUAGAAGAAAAUAGAGCAGGUGAUAUAUUUUUAUUAAAUACCGACGAGUUAGAAAAAACAAACCACUCUACGGUAUCCAAAUUUUUUGACAAAUCGCUCAGUAUUUUGUGGCCUGACGGAAUCAAACACGAUGACGUGUUAUUAUUUCUAUAAGAUGUGGCGCCCUAUAUGGUUAAGUGUGGGAAAUCAUUAAAUGCAUUGUAUUCAAAAAUGAUUCACGUGACAUGCGCUGCGCAUGGUCUCCAUAGGACUUGUGAAGAGGUACGUGGACAAUUUGGCACGAUCGAUAGAAUUAUAUAGAAUGUCAAAAAAAUUUUUAAAAAAGCGCCAUCGCGUCUUCAGAUAUUCAAGACACAUGUCCCGAAUAUACCCUUACCACCAGAGUCAGUUAUCACACGUUGGGGCACGUGGCUAAAUGCUAGCAUCUAUUACUGCGAAUAUUACAAAGAAAUUUAUGAAAUUGUGGAAAUGUUAAACUCAGAAGACGCUUCUGUAUAA